AGGCAAUCAGUGCUUCUUCUAGCCAGCGUGAAUCCGUGAUGAAAAUCACUUUGGAAUUCGGUGAUACUUUUCAUUGCCAACCAACUUUUACAGUAAUUAAGAAUACACCUUUUAUUAGAUUUUUUAUUUGUGAAAGCAAAAGUAAACGUGGGGACAUGGAAUGCCCGCACCAUGUUUGAACCCAGUAAGGCAGCCCACAUUGCAAACGAGAUGAGAAGGUAUGGCACUGAAGUGCUAGAAAUCUGCGAAAGCAGGUGGAAUGGGAGUGGACUCUCCAAACUGUCAACUGGAAAAUCAAUAAUCCACUCCGGUCACCCAGACGACAACCACAAGCACAUUGACUUUUGGAGUGGCUAUCAUGAUGUCGCAGGCUCUCAUGCAGUGGGAACCAAUCUCCUCCUGCAGGAUCAUGACAGCAAGGUUCAACUCAAAAGGAAGGAAGGUCACAAUCAUACAAUGCCAAUGCUACGCACCUACAAAUAAUGCAGAGCAAGAGAAAAAGGAGGAAUUCUACAGACAACUGCAAUCAGAGCUGGACAAGACGUCAGUUGGCGAUAUCAAAACUCUAAUGGGUGACAUGAAUGCCAAACUGGGAGGGGACAACACAGUAAGAGAACAAACCAUGGGUCGAGAAGUGCUAGGUGAAAUGAACGAGAAUGGAGAAUUGUUUGCAGAAUUCUGUGCAUUCAACGAUUUGGUGAUUGGAGUCAGGCAGUGUGUUCAAGCACAAGGAUAUCCACAAAACGACAUGGAUUCGAUUUCACCAGAUGGAAACACCACACUAAAAAUCAGAUCGACUUCAUCUCAAUGUGAAGAAAAUGGAGACGCAGUCUACUUGACACAAGGUCAAGAAGAGAAGCAGAUGUAGGUUCAGACCACUAUCUAGUGCAAGGAACCUACCCUCGAAAUCAAGUU